CAUUCUUAUCCUUCGACCAGCUCUCCUGGCUUCCGCAGCCCUACCACUGCACACCGCCAAGCUCUCUGGUCUCUGCGUCUCCCUUCACUUGGGCUCAUUCUCUUUUGAGUCAAAUUCAGAAAUGGGAGGUCCAGCUUAUCAAACCCGCAUCCGUUUCCCAAUUGCUUUGGCUUCUCCUAGUUGCCUGGUUUUCAAGCAGCCUAGAGUCGUGUUGUCGGAGAAUUUGGGUGAGAAAGUUACUUCUAUUGGAUUUAAAAAGGUACCAAGGAGGUCAAUAUUGCAGCUCAUGGUAUUUGCUCCAAUAUUUGCAACUGCCAAUACGAUUUUAGCAGCACCAAUGCAGGAGAUGAAUGAACCUGAUGUGGUAAGGACAUUGAAGCUUCCCAGUGGAGUGAGGAUACAAGAAAUUGUUGAAGGCAAAGGACGGGAAGCAUCUGAGGGUGAUCUUGUGGAAAUAAACUAUGUAUGCCGGCGUUCAAAUGGAUAUUUUGUCCACAGCACGGUCGAUAAAUUUAGUGGAGAAAGUGCUCCUGUUAUACUCUCGCUGGAUGACAAGCAGAUUAUUAAAGGUCUGAAGGAGGUUUUGAUUGGAAUGAAAGCUGGAGGAAAGAGAAGAGCACUGAUACCUCCUUCUGUCGGUUACAUCAGUGAAAACUUAGCACCUGUCCCGGAAGAGUUUGGGCCUAGGCGGAGUCUUUUGUCUCACGCGAAAGAGCCUUUAAUAUUUGAAGUGCAACUUUUGAAGGUUUUGUGACUUGUGGAGUUUGAUCCUAUCUUUACAUAUAUUUCGCAUAUAAUUGAUGUGGAGCACUAGGCAUACUCGAAUACAACCAUUGGUUAUUUAUGAUGUUGAUCCUGGAAUUGUUAA